AAAAAGAAGAAAGAUAAAAGUAUAUGCCUGUCUUACAUGAAAGUAUGGGUUAAACUUCAUAUUUAACUAAGAAAUGCCAUUUUGGGGUCAUUUAAAUGAGAGAAUGAACUCAAUUUUAUUGAACAGACACUUCAGAAGAUAUUUUACAAACAUUAGCUAGUAAUUCUUACAACGUUAUGAUAUAAUUACUAACCCUGUCUUAAAAACAAAAACAAUCGAUGUCAAGUCUGUUCCGGCCCCACGUGUGUCAGAGUAGAACUGUGCUCCAUAAAGCUUUCAAUGUCUGCGACGUUUCAGAAGUAGAUCCCAAGGACUUUCUUCUGAGCUCUUCUGAGUGGACUCAGACCACCGGUCUUUCAGCUAAACACUUAAUCAUUUGCUCUACCUAGGCAGUUUAACUUCAUCUGACUUGUAAGUAAAAUGAGGUCAUUUGAGGUUAACCGGAUUUCCAAGUCUUUUGGAUAGUGUUUGGACUCUUUCCACAAUGCUAUUUUGAUCCUUUACAUGAUUGUGAAAUAACAGAAAUGCAGGGAUGACCCUGGGCCACAUUAUAAAAAUUGUCUUUGUUUCUUCCUCUAUCAUCUGGAAAAUUUUCUUCACAUUAAGCUCUUCCUUGAUUCUCAUCUUUGUAGGCAACCCAUCCUCACUUAGUUCCUUUUGCCAAAGGGAAAAAAAAAUUAAUAAUUUUAUUCCCACCAAAGUAAAUAUGUUACUUAUAUUUGGAAAAGAAGUGUGAUUGUUAGGAUAGCAAUCAAUUCAAAAGAAUAAACAGUGAAUGAUAAAAUUUGAGAUGAUAUGGGACACAGAUCGAUAGAAAACUUUAAGACUCAAGUCACACAAAGGGGUUGGCUGAGUAUUUCCUCUGUCUGGUAUGAGUCAGAAUCCACUCAAUGGCAAUGGAUUAUGGUAUGAGAAUAGCUUCCUUGAAGAAUAAAUACUGGUUCUUCACAGUAACUUUUCCCAUAUUAUGUACUCAGAUAUUAAUCAUGUUUUUAAGAAAAAGGACUGUUUGAUCAAAUAGGCUGAAGAUCAAAGAAGAACUGACAACUUUGAAUUACGGUGUUGGUAAGGAAUAUUGAAUAUACCAUGGACUGCCAAAAGAAUGAAAAAAUCUGUCUUAGAAGAAGUACAGCGAGAAUGCUCUUUAUAGCCAAGGAUAGUGAGACAUUGUCUUACAUACUUUGGACGUGUUAUCAGGAGGGACCAAUCCCUGAGGAAGGACUUCAUGCUUGGUAAAGUAGAGUGUCAACAAAAAGGAGGAAGACCUUCAAUGAGAUGGACGGACACAGUGGCUACAACAAUGGGCUCAAGCAUAGCGACGAUUGUGAUAAUGGUGCAGGACCAGGCAGUGUUUCACUUUGUUGCAUAGCGUCACUAUGAGGGAAUCGACUUGACGGCACCUAACAACAACAACUUGUGUAUUUACUUUUUUUUUUCUUAACAUAUGUCUAUUCUUCCAUGUUCUACAUACUGUACCGCUGCUGCUGUUGUUAGUUGUUGUCAGAUCGGUUUCAACUCAUGUUGACCCUGUAUGUGCACAGUAGAACUGUUCCAUAGGGUUUUCAAGGCUGUGACUUUUCAGAAGCAGAUCACCAGGUCUGUCUUGUGAGGAGCCUCUUGGACAGGUUCAAAUGGUCAACCUUUCUGCUAGUUGUGUAUCACUUAGCCAUUUGCACCUCCCAGAGAUUCAUGUACUAUACAAAUCAGAAGUACAGAAAGGUCAAAGUUUUCUUACUGGUUAUAUUCUAGUUAGGUGCAGAUAAAUAAUAAGCAAAUGAAAGCUAAAUGAAAGAUAUAAUCAGAUAAUGACAAAUGUGAUAAAGGAAAUAAAAGAAGGUUUUUUUUUUUUAGUGUCAUGGGGCUUGAAAACAAAUAAAGAAGACUGAAGAAGAAUUGAUGCCUUUAAAUUAUGGUGUUGGUGAAGAACAUUAAAUACAUCGUGGGCUUCCAGAAGAACAAACACAUCUGUCUUGGAAGAAGUACAGGCAGAAUGCUCCUUAGAAGUGAGGAUGGUGAGACUUUGUCCUAUGUACUUAGUACGUGUUAUCAGGAGGGACCCGUCCGUGGAGAAGAACAUCAUACUUGGAAAAGCAGAGGGUCAGCAAAAAAGAGAAAGACCUUUAAGGAGUUGAACUGACACAGUGGCUGCAAGAGUAGGCACAAAUAAAGAAACUAUUUUGAGAAUGAUCCAGGACCGGGCAGUGUUUCGUUCUGUUGUAUAUAGGCUCACUAUGAGUUGGAACUGGAUCAACAGCACCUAACAACAACAGUGUGAUAGAGAGGGAUUGGAUGCAUAUGUGAAUAGUCAUUAAUAUAACAGCUGAGUUAGAAUUUUCAAGAAUUUACUAUAUAGAAACUCAUAUUACUCUCUCCCCAUUCUUCCCCACCAAGAGAAGUUGAUUCUAACCCAUAUCUAAACGGCUCUGGUGACCAUGGGGUAACUUCAGACCCCAUGUCUGAUGGGGUAAUAUCAGACAAUUUGUAAAAAAUGAUUCUACAGCAAAAAUAAGUCUAUGGAUAAUCUUUGAGGAUUAGAUUCUGAAAAUUGAAAUAAUCAUCCUAACUCUGAUAACCUUAUAAGGUGUUGAAGAUAAAAAAGUUAAUGUAAAUGAAAUCACUUUAUAAGAUGGAGAAGGAAUGAAAAUUGUAACCUAUUAUUCCAAAAAUAGAAAAACAAUAUUAAUUGAAAAUGCCAUUUAUUAAUAAAUUAGAAAAAAUUAAAUAUAUUUUUAUGCCCGGGUACAAAUUUUCUGACCCUGAUGGUGGCCCUCCAGGAACAGAUAUUACUUCUGUGUGGGAGGUCGAAUCCAGAGAUGGGAUUUGACUCAGGUUCCUUCCUGUUGCUAUAUUCUAACUAUUUAAAAUUGUGGCCAUUCUGUAAUUGAGAUACACAUCACAGUGCAUGAACAAAUGACUGAAUUGUUAACAUUGUGGUCUAGGUUUCUGCAUGUUGGCCUGGUCUUAGUGACAUUCUGCUUCUGAGAACACCCUAUUAUUAAGGUGGGUGAAUGGGAAUUCACUGGGGUGGGGAUUAGCCUCUGUCAGUGGAGAUCUAGCCUCGAGGGCUACAACUGAAUGGUAUAAAUCUGUGCCUUGUCACAGCUGUUCAAACAUGCCCUCUGCCCUCUUAUAUCCCAAAGGAGAGCAUUGGAUCCAUGAUGUAUCUUCUGAGAAACUGAACAAAAACAGUUUCUACUUUGAUCUUAACAUACAAUCCGCUGAGAUUCAAAAGAGACCUGAAUGAUUCAGUAAAUUCUCUGCUUGGCUCCCUCGUCAGCAAUCCUUUUUAAUUGGAAAGAAUAUAAAUAAAUCCCUUGGUAAAACAGAAUGUACACUUCUUCAUUAGAUUCAUAGAUACCUACAACUUCUGCUUUAAAUCUCUCUUCAAAAGCAAUAAAAAUCGUAGUUCGACAAAUUUGACCAGUAUUUAAUGAUUGGAUGGCUUUUCUCCAUUUAUAUCCUGGACAGCUUACUUCCACAGUAAGAAAAACUAAGCUGGAAUCAUUUCACCUGGUUCUUGGACUCUCUGGAGAAGUUGCUUUAUGCGAACGAAUCUUGGGUGAGAUAAGAUCUUGGAUUAGACUUGAAAUGAUUAGAGUCUUUAUUUCUACAACUUUCCACUUUUGACCAACUCUAAAAACUAAGCUCUAAGUGUUAACUUUAUUAAUGUAUUCUUUUUCCUAAAAUUAGUGAUGUUUAGAGGGUAAUGCUUAAAUUUUAGAUUGACAGUUUUAAUUUAGGAAUGAGCUGAAUUUUUGUAUUUCUUUAUAGGUAAAACAAAACAACUACAAAAUUUUCUUAUAAGCAGGUUUACCUCUAGGAAUGACGGUGGUGGUGGUGACAGUGGUGAUGGCAAUGACAAAGAUAGCAGUGGUGGCAGUAGUAAUGAUUGUGGUGGUGGCAGUGUUGGUGAUGAUACUGGUGUUGGUGGUAAUGGCAGUAGUAGUUGCAGUGUUGGCGACGACAGUGGUGACCACAGUGAUGAAGGUGGUGGUAGUGGUGGGGACUGCCUUGGUAAUGCUGGUGGUUUGGUGACGGUGAGGAUAGAGGUAAUUUAGGAGCAUUCUGUGGAAACACUGAGAAAUUAUUGUAGAUUCCAAUACCAAAAAUUAAAACAUUAUUGCCACUUCCGUUCUACAAAAUUCUGCUGGAGUUAGUUACAAACCCACAAAUUUGCCAUUAAUUUUUAUGAAAACAAAGCAAAACAUGGGGUAAUAUAUGCACUAAAGAGGUUACUUUAAAGUACUUUAACGGUAAGAGAAAAACCUAGCUUGAUACUCAGGAAGCUUCAGAGCUACAAGUCCACUGACUAUAUAAAACUGACAGUCCAAGUGCAAUCACUAGAGCCAUCUAGGUACUUAGAUUUCGAUGGAGGUAUUAUAUAUAGCCCAGGUGAAUUCAGAAAGAAAUAUCAGCUCCAGAGUCCAGCUUCCUGGAUUCAAAAGCAGGCUAUAUUAUGCAGUAACUCUGUGGACUCAAGGAAGUGAACAAGUCACUAUGCUUAAUAAAUGUUAUUGUUAUUACAGUUAUUAUUUUGAGAUGAGUACAUCGAUUAUUGACAAAUCUACUUAGAGAAAGAAUAAUUGUCCUUUAUGAAAGGAGUUUAAAUGUUUACUUACUAAAAAUUCUUCUGAAUUAUAUUCUGAUAUAGAAUGCAUGCUUCUAUAAUAAUAAAAAUAAUACAAAUGAAAAGGAAUUGAUAUAAACAAGAAAGACAAAACUGAUAGAAACAUAAAAGCUGUCUAAUACCUUAUUGUCAGGCAUGACCAUUUUGUAAGGAGAAUUUACCAAUAUCUUUUUUUUUUAUCCAAGUGGAUCCCUGGUGGCACAGUGGAUAAGAGCAACAGCUGCUAAUCAAAAGGCUAGCAGUUCAAAUCCAUCAGCCGCCCCUUGGAAAACGUUUGGAGUAGUUCUACUCUGUCCUGCAGUGUUCUGAGUUGGAAUCAACUUGACGGCAAUGGGUUUGGUUUGGUUAUCCAAGUGUAAAAUGUUCCUAUCCUGUGAUUUUACAAUUCUAUUGCAGAAACUCACUUUACAGAAAUACUUAAAUCUAUUGCUAUAUAUCUUUACCUGUAUCUAUAUUGUUAUAACCUGGCCCAGUUGCUGUCUAGUUGAUUCUGACUAACAGUGACCCUAAAGAACGUGGUAGAACUGCCUCACAGGGUUUCCAAGGAGCAUCUGGUGGAUUCCAACUUACCAUCUUAGCUCUUAACCACUGUGCCAAAACUCAUAGCAACCCUGUAAAACAGAGUAGAGCUGCCCCUAUAGAGUUUCCAAGGAGCACCUGGAAACUGUUCAGCAGCUGCAGGUCUGAACCACUAUGCAACCAGGGUUUCCCUGAUAUAGUCAUAGAUAUAUCAAUACAAGACAUUCACUGUAGCAUUGUAGCAGCAGAAAAUUGGGAAUAUUAUAAAUCUCCUUAUACUGACCUGGAAUGUUGUCAAUGAUAAAUCAUUGAUUAAAAUUCAAUGUACAGUGCAUUUGCAUACAUGAUGCCAGCAAUGUUUAUAUAAAUUUAUAUUAUUAAAAUGCAUUUAUAAAUAUGCAAAUUCAAUAUUUCUAAAUAAAAAUGCAAAUCUGGAAGGAUAAAUGACUUUUAGCUAAUUACACAGCUAAAAAGCGUUCCAGAAGUCGAAAUUAGAACCUGAUGUACAUAACUCUAAGACCUUAGCUUUCUGUUCUGCCCUGAACCAUGUCUCUUAUCCCUCCUUCUGGGUCUUUGCACAUGCUGUCCCCCUGCUGGGAAUAGCCUUUGUCUAGCUUUAAAACUUCAAUAAUUUACUUUUCUUUCAUUUCUUCAGUUAUCACUUAUUUCUUUGUCAUUAUUUUAAAUUUACUAGGUCUGCCCUUAUUUAAGGAAACAAGCCACAUCUGAUGCUUUUUAUUGUUCAAAUUUGCAGCAUCCUCUGAGUUUUUAAAAUACUUGUUGUCUGCUUAAAUAAUUAGGGAAUAAGAGGGAAGUGGACUGACAAAGAAAAAGAAAAAUGUUAACUAAGAUUGUCCCUUUCUUCAUUUGAGCGGUCUUUCGAAAAUGUUCUUCAGUGAACCAUUGUGGAAAGAGAAAAGAAAUAUCACAAAAGUAGCUGAGGGUUGUGAUUCAGAGCUGAAUUGGAAAUUUGGGGUAUGGUUUGAUCCUUGAUUAUGGCUGAAGCAAGUCUAGAAAUACAAAUGUUUACCGACUAAAGCUGAUAGCUGUCAUCAUUGAGUCUGACUGACAGAGAAAUAAUAGCCAGUCCCUGAUAUCAAAUCCACUCUCAAGCCUGGAGAAAGGGCUAAUACUAGUAUUCUCUAUUCAGUUCAGAGUUCACUGCCGUUUCCUUUUGUUCUAUAAAAUAUCAUUAAUUGUAUUGGUGCCCACUUCAUCUUUAGUAAUCUAUUAAGAACCUUGAGAAAUGUGAAGUCCCAGGUGAUACAGUUUAUGGCCUCGGCUGCAAACCAAAAGGUUAGAGGUUUGAAUCCACCCAGAGAUACCUCGAAAGAAAGGCCUGGCAAUCUAUUUCUGAAAAAUCAGCCAUAGAAAACCCUAUUGCUCACAGUUCUACUCUGACAUUCAUGGGGUCACCAUGAGUCAGAAUCUACUCCAUGGCAUCUGGUCUAGACUUUGGUUGGCAAGUAACUGUCACUAUGUUGAGAGCAUUAUGAAUUUCCCCUGAGAUUCAUUCUGUCAGAGAUAUGUGAGAAAUAAAGCUGUCCAGCUUCCACUAGAAUCCACAGGUAUCUUUUAAAAAUGUAAGCCUGAUUUAUAAUUCAGGCUAUUUACAAUUAAGAAAUUAUAAUACUCUUUUGUUUUAUACUCUCCCUUGGUUUCCCAUUGCCCUCAGAAAUUCCUUGCCUUGUCCUAAAAUUCUCUGGUUUACCUGGUUACUGCCUCUACCUCUCCAAACACACAUUGAGCCAAAUGAAUGACGCCAAAUAGUCACUAACUAUAAACACUAUGUUGCUUUUUUAGAUUUUCCGACUCUCAGCCAGCGCUCAUAUCAGUACCUGGUAAAUGCGAAACCAAAACAAUGUGACUGAAUUCAUUCUUUUGGGUCUUACGAAAAACCCAGAGCUGAGGAAAAUAUUUUCUGCUGUGUUUCUAAUCAUGUAUGUUGUCACCAUGUUGGGAAACCUACUCAUUGUGGUAACUAUGACUGCAAGUCAGAGUCUGAGGUCACCUAUGUAUUUUUUCCUUACUUCCUUGUCCCUCAUGGAUGCCAUCUUUUCUUCUGUCGUCGCCCCCAAGAUGAUUGUGGAUUCCCUCUCUGAGAGCACUACCAUCUCCCUCAAAGGCUGUAUGACCCAGCUCUUUGCAGAACAUUUCUUUGGUGGAGUGUCAAUCAUCCUUCUCAUUGUGAUGGCCUAUGACCACUAUGUGGCCAUCUGUAAGCCCCUGCACUACAGGACCAUCAUGAGUUCUCGGAUGUGCUGCCUGCUGCUGGGAGGGGCCUGGGUGGGAGGAUUUUUGCAUGCAAUGAUACAGCUUCUCUUCAUGUACCAAAAACCUUUCUGUGGUCCCAAUGUCAUUGAUCACUUUAUGUGUGACUUGUUUCAGUUGCUGACACUGGCCUGCAUGGACACCUGCGUCCUGGGCCUCUUGGUCAUCCUCAAUAGUGGGGUGAUGUGCGUGACCAUCUUUCUUAUCCUCAUUGUCUCCUACAUGAUCAUCCUCUGCUCUUUGAAGUCUUAUAGCUCUGAAGGAUGGCGCAAAGCCCUGUCUACCUGUGGCUCCCACCUCACAGUGAUUGUCUUGUUCUUUGUGCCAUUUGUUUUCUUGUACGUAACACCUGUGGCCACUUAUCCCAUAGACAAGGCAAUGGCUAUGUCGGAGUCUAUCAUCACACCCAUGUUAAAUUCCUUGAUCUACAUCCUGAGAAGCACAGAGGUGAAAAAUACCAUGAAGAAACUUUGGAUGCAAUGAGAGACUUUAGAUGGCAAGUAACUGUCAUCAUGCUGAAAACAUUAUGAGUUUCUCCUAAAGAGAAGUCAUUCUUUCCAAGAUGUGUGAGAAAUAAAACAGCCCAAGUUCCAGAAGAAUCCAGAGGGAUCUUUUAGAAAUACAAGUCUGAUUUAUUGUUUAGGAUAUUUACAACAUAGAAAUUAUGAUACUGAUUUUCAAGGUUUCUUUUCUUCCUCCUAAUCUCAUCCUUGUGGUGGUUACCCUUUCCCCUUUAGCCUUCCCCAGGUCAGUCCUUUUACCUCACUACUGGAACUCCAUUAUCAGAUCUAAGAGCUAUAAUUCAUUUUGUAGUUUUUCCUGUUUACAGGUAAAGUUUAACUAUACAAACUUUUGUCCAUAAAAUGUACCUUUCACAUGUGUGCACACAAGUUAUUUCUCAAAUUCGAGUACUGUGUAAGCCCUUCCUAAGGAGAAAUCAGUUCUUUUGAAUUUCGGCAAUGAUACGAAUCAUGAUUUCACAUUUCUAAUGUAACGAGGUGUUAAGAUUGAAAUUUUGGCUACACAUGAUAAGUGAAAUUACAAAGUGCGUUCCAGAUCACACCAUACCUGCUACUACAGUGAAGGCAGUGAAUGAUGAAGAUAAGAACCCUCACAACUAAGUAAAGAAUAUGAAACCUGGUCAGUAUAAACUGGAAGAGUGGUUUGUGAGAACAGCUUUGGAUGUAGAGAAUUCCCCUGCCCCACCAUGGGAGUAGAGGUAUGCCUGCCUCUCAUGUCGGUACUCGUUUCUCUGAUGUUUCUGUGGAAGGACAUGUUUGGAGUUACCUACUCUGCCAUUUGGCUGACAUCACCUCCUACUUUAAUUUUUAAUUGUCUGUCAACCAGAGGUCAUAGUACCUUAAAAUUCCAGUCAAGUACCUUAAAAUUUGUUUGUAUUUGUGAGUGUGUGUGCAUUUACACAUACAUGUGUACGUGCAUGCUGAAAGGGCACUUCUAGAGAGUGCUAUUCUGACAGACUAGCAUAUGAUCCUCCACAUUGGUGGCUGCAGGGACUGAGAUCAGAAAAAUCUAGGCAGAAAGAGAGACUUAGUGGUAUCAGCACAGGAUUGCCCAGUAGGGCAGGCUCAGCUACAGGUGUCCAAUGUAUCAUCUUCAAGGAGCAUCCUAUCAAAUGCUCAUACUGGCAAAAUGACAAUCUGAAUUCUGCAACUUUCCAGUCUCCUACAGAUUGGCUCAUGUUGACCAAAUUCAUAUGGUACUAGAAAAAGAUUUGUAAAAGGAAUUUGGUGGACACACAUGCACACGAUUAUCCUGUGAUUAGUCAGCACAUUUCUUUCUGGAGAAAAAUGUCUACAAGAAGUUAAAUUACCAAGUGAAAAUGGUCAGGUGUUGAUAGAAUCCAAGUAAGGCUCAUUAUAGGUUGUUUACAAUGGUUAUGAGCUUUAAGUACUCAUAGUCUAAUGCAGUCCUCUCAGAAUAUUAAAUGUGUAUAUAAUGGACCAAUAACAUGUUGAUAUACAUUGACUGCUUCCUGUUAGGACUGUUUCCUGUUAGGAGUAUUUCACCUUUCCUGUCCAUGUAACAAAAACUAAUGUGUUAAGGAAGUGUAAAUUAAAUACACCAUAUUUAUCAGCUGAAGUCAUAAUUUGCUACGCCAUAACUUUUUCAUGGCAUUUUUCACUUCUGCAUUCCUCAGUAUAUAUAUCAGAGGGUUGAGAAAGGGUGUCCCAAUUGUAUAAAACACAGCCACCAUCUUGUCCACUGGAAAUGUAGCUGGUGGGUGUGUGUACAUGAAUAUACAUGGACCAAAAAACAUGACUACCACAAUAAAAUGGGAGAUGCAGGUAGAAAGAGCUUUUCACCUUCCUUCUGCACUGUGGUUUCUCAGAGAGUAUCAAAUGACAACAUAGGAUAUAAGCAAGAGCGUGAAACUCAUCAUGCAUAUGGCCCCACUAUUGGACACAGCAGCAAACUUAUCACAUAGUGUCCAUGCAGGCAAGUUUUAACAAGGGCUGCAAGUCACACAAAUAGUUAUCAAUCACAUUGGGACCACAGAAGGACAAUAUCAAAGCCAAGGAAAUCUGUAUUGAAGAAUGGAUACAAGAUCCCACCCAGGCCAGAAUCACCAGCACACCACAGACACCUGCUCAUGGUGGUUGUUUAUAUUGCAGCAGCUUUCAAAUGGCCACAUAGUGAUCAAAAGCCAUGAGGAUGAGCACAAAUAUCUCCAUACACCCAAAGAAAUGGGCUGCAAAGACCUGAGUCAUGCGCUCACGGUAGGAAAUGGUCUUCUUCUAGGAUAGAGCAUCCGCAAUCAACCUGGGUGCCGUAGUUGUAGAAAAGCAGACAUCAGCAAAGGACGGGUAGAAUAGGAAAAAGUACUUGGGACUCCCAAGGGUAUGACUUGUCUUAAUAGUCACCACAAUGAGAAAAUCCCCCAGCAGAGUCAAAAGGUAAAGAAUCAAGAAGAUUCCAAAUAUUGCUUUCUGCUUUUCAGCAUCCUGUGUCAACCCAAACAGAAUGAAUUCGGUCACACUGUUAUUCAUCACUAUGUAAGUGGCUGUAGGUGGGAUGAAUUUGACAAAGGUUUAAUCUGCAGAGAGAAAAAAAGUGACAUUUUGGGAAAAUCAUUUGGCUAAACUCUGAAUUAAUUGGUUCUGUUCCAUGUUCUGUUACCUCCAAUUACCUUUGGCGUGCACCAAAAUUCCCCAGGAAUCUUUGUAAAUCUACAGAUGCACAGACCUCUCCCAGAUUUAUCUGUUGAUUCAUUUAGAAACUGUCUGAUUGG